AUGGAGUUAAAACUGAUUUCAAAUAUCACUGACUUCCCUCCAGCACAAUCUAUUGCAUCAGUUGGUGCUUUGAUGAUGGCCUCGACUACUUUUAAUGCGACAAACCAUGGACUCCAGAUUGGAAACAACCAAGGUUCCAUCACAGCCGAAUUUCAUGUUCCGCGGGCGUACACCACCGAAGACAUCGAUCGAAUUUGUCUCCAUGCUCUGCGUUGCCCUGACUCGCUAGCUGUAAAGAAUCGGUUGAAAGAGAGCAAGGACAAGUUGGUUCACCAGUCAAUCCACUGGAUUCUUCAAGACCCGCAAUAUAAGAACUGGGAAAAUGGAGACGAUGUCGGUCUGCUUUGGAUCAAGGGGGGCGCUGGCAAAGGGAAGACCAUGAUGUCAAUCGGUCUUAUCGAGGAGCUCGCACGGGCGCAGGACGAAACUACCAUUGUGACUUAUUUUUUCUGCCAAAAUGCGGACUAUGAGCUCAAUACCCUUGAAGCCAUUCUCAAGGGGUUGAUUCUGCAAUUAGUGAAUCAGCAAACGGAGCUUGGAGAAUCUCUCCGUCGCCGUUGGGACACUACGAAAGAGUGCUUCAGCGAGGAUCUUACCUCGUGGCAAUCAUUGUGGAACAUUCUCUUUGAGAUGUUGGCCCGGUGCAAGUACUCAAGGGUAUAUAUAGUCAUUGAUGCUCUUGAUGAGUGUCAAGAUGACGGCAUGGCUGACUUCCUCAAAUCUAUCGUCCGAAAGGGACUGGAUCAUCCCGCCAAGAUCAAAUGGAUAUUGACAAGCCGACCAUGGGACAGCGCAGAGCGGGUAUUAUUAGCUGGCCAUGACCAAGUGCAAGUCAGUCUAGAUGGAGAGCUCCAUUCCCAAUCUGUUUCUGGGGCUGUGAAGGCUUAUAUCGCUUAUAAAGUGGAGGAACUCAGUCGCCAGCAUAGAUAUGGAGCGACUCUGAAGAGCGAAGUAGAAACUGAGCUUACUGAAAGAUCGGAGGGUACCUUUUUAUGGGUAAGUUUGGUAUGCAAGUCACUUGAGAGUGUCUACCGAGAUGAGGCUCUGUCCACAAUUCAAAGCUUGCCGCCAGGUCUACAUCCAUUUUAUGAACGGAUAUUGAACCAGCUCAACGAGGGUGAGCGGGCUGAAGCACAGAAGUGUAUGCGACUGCUUAAGGCCAUGAUGACGGUAUACCGACCUUUGAAAGUGGAGGAAGUUCCUAGUGUGAUUGGCCUAAAUGAUGAAGAGGACACUAUUAGAGCAUUAGUCGAUUGCUGUGCUUCAUUCAUCCGGUUGCGGGAAGACAACAUCGAGUUUGUUCAUCAGUCAGCUCGAGACUACUUGGCCGGAGAGAAUGGACUGUCUAUACUCGACUCGUAUGAACGCUUCGGACAUGAAGAAAUUGUCCUGGGUUGUCUAUCUUAUUUAUCUGGAUGCCUCAAGCCCAACCUCGUCGAACUGCCGCGGCCUGAUGCCACCAGAGACUCUUUGAGAACUUUGGAAAAUGGACCAAGGAAUGGCUUACUGUCCCGUGUGGACUAUUCAGCUCUGUUCUGGGUGUCACAUCUAAAGAAUACUAGCAACGACACCGACAAGAGUCAUGUUAGCAUAUUCCUUCAGACAAAGUUGUUAGAAUGGCUAGAAUGCCUGAGCCUAUUGGACAGGCUACCAAAAGCCAUUGACACAUUGAAAGCCUUGGAAAUUAUUCUGAAAGAUGACUGUCUAGCUUUAGCACUUGUGCAGGAUGCUAUGCGCUUUUUAUUGCGACACUACCACACUUUGUCGCACUGGCCAUUGCAGAUCUACAGCUCUGCCAUCAUCUUCAGUCCUGAAUCAAGUGUUGUGAAGAGAGAAAAUCUACACAAAAUUCCUGUAUGGCUGAGAAACGCCCCUCCCAUGGAGGACAGUUGGACGCCUAUGAUACAGACACUAGCAGGCCAUUCGGAGACUGUCGAAACUGUCGCCUUCUCACCUGACGGCAAGCAGAUAGCAUCAGCCUCUAAGGAUGGCAUAAUCAAGCUCUGGGAUGCUAUUACAGGUGGCCUCCAGAAAACGCUAUCAGGUCACUUAUAUGCAAUCACGGCUAUGGCUUUCUUACCAGAUAGCAAGCUGAUCAUAUCAGGCGCUCAUGAUGGCUCUCUCAUGCUUUGGGAUACCACCACGGGUGACCGUCUGAAGAUAGCCGACCACUUCGGCACAUCUAAGAUCUAUAAUUCCCACUUGCAGUCACCAGAAGAGGGCAAUGCUAGCCCCUACGCCGUUGCUUUCUCGGCGGAUUGCAGGCAGAUCGCAGCAGUCGGUUGGUACCAUGAUCAUCAAGUUAUCAUGCUUUUUGAUACUGCUACAUGGGACCUCCAGAAGAUACUUACAGCCCAUUCAGACACAGUAUUAGCUCUGGCCUUCUCACCAGACAACAGGCAGCUUGUAUCAGGCUCUUUUGACCGCACAGUCAGGCUCUGGGAUACUACCACAGGUGACCUUCAGAAAACACUGGUCGGCCACAAAAGCCUGGUUUACACUGUCGCCUUCUCACCAGAUGGCAAGCAAAUUGUAUCAGGCUGUAAUAACGUUAUCAAAUUUUGGAAUGCUGCAACAGGCGAUCUCCAGACGACAUUAGCAGGCCCUAAUGCCCGGAGUGUAGCCUUCUCACCCGACAGUAAGCAGGUCGCAGCAGGAUUUGGAGAUGGCACGAUCCAUAUUUGGGAUGCUGCAGGCAAUCUUCAGAAGACACUAGCACGCCACUCAGGGACAGUUAUGUCUCUGGCCUUCUCACCAGACGGCAAGCAGAUUGUUACAGGCUCUAUUGAUACCACUAUCAAGCGUUGGGACAACACCAUAGGUGCCAUUCAGAGGAUCGUAGGCCACUCAGGCAGUGUUGCAACCGUGGCAUUCUCACCAGACCGCAAGCUGAUUGCAUCAGGCUCUGCUGACAAAACCAUUAAGCUUUGGGAUGCUGCAACGGGCGAUCUCCAGAAAACACUAGCAGGCCAUUUAAACACAGUCUUUGAUCUAGUCUUCUCACCAGACAACAGGCAGAUCGCCUCGUGCUCUUACGAAGCACUCAAGCUCUGGGAUGCUACCACAGGUGACAUCCAGAACUCAUCCGAGAGCGACGACGCAUUCAAAUCAGUGGCCUUCUCACCUGAUGGCAAGCAGAUCGCAUCAGGCCACGAGAGCGGCAACAUUAAUCUCUGGGAUACUGCCACAGGUGACCUCCAGAAGGCACUGGCAGGCCACAAAAACAGAGUUGGGUCCCUGACGGGAUUGGACCUCUUCGACCUCGAAGUCAAAACCGUGACCUUCUCACCUGACGGCAAACUUAUUGCAUCAGCCUCCGCUGAUACAACCAUUAAGCUUUGGAAUACUGCAACAGGAGACCUCCAGAAGACACUGGCAUGCUAUUCAGAGAGCAUCAAUAUUGUGGCCUUUCCAACACUAUUAGGCCAUCCAGACUGGAUCAUUGCAGUGGCCUUUUCAUCAGACAGCCAGCAUAUCGCAUCAGUCUGUGCUAAUAAAACCAUCAAGGUCUGGAGCAUCGCAAAAUCCCUCAAAACCUCAAAAUACCUGGGGCGCACUUUCGGUAGCCAUAUCAAGUCGUCCCGGCCAUGGAAGGAGAUUAAGACCUCAGAGCAGGUGCAUACCAUUAAAUUCGCAGCAGGCAACCGACACCUUGCAACAGACAUUGGACUAAUAGCACUUGAGAGUACCCCAACAGAAGGAGAGGACGAGCUGCCAAUGAGGGCGGAUUCGGAUUCGUUACAGAAUCUCUAUACCAGAGAUGAGUGGUUAUGCUAUGGAGCCAUGCCCUUCCUCCGGCUAUUGCCUGAUUCCCAGGCUGGUCCAUGGGAUGCGCACGGUGAUCAAAUAGCUGUUGGAUUCAGCAACGGCCAAGUUUCAGGCUUCGACAUUGAUCGACAUGGUUUACAACCAUACUUGGAAACACUUCAGCUAUGA